AUGGCUGAGCAAGUGAAAAUGGAGAAGGUAGACAGGAUUAGUGAUUUACAUGAUUCAAUUUUAACUCACGUUCUGUCCUUCCUUUCUACAAAAGAAGCCAUUAAAACCUCCGUUUUAUCUACCAGAUGGAGAUACCUUUUUGAUUUACUUCCUAAUAUCGACUUCGAUUUGGAGGAGGAUUUGUGCCGCAAGAAUAUUAAAAGUUACAGUACUGAUGUUAUUGAGAACUAUAUGUGUUCCGUCGACAGAAUGUUGUUAUUUUGCAAUACAACAAAUGUCAGUAAAUUUGGUUUCAAAUGCUGGAUAAAAAUGAUUGGUUCUAAUCGUUUCAACAGGUGGAUAUCUGCUGCAGUUGAUCGCGGAGUUAAACAUCUUGAUUUAAGCACCUCUGUUCUCCCGUCAAGUACUUUGCCUAUAUUUACUUGCAAGACAUUGGUGAGUUUGAAACUGGGUAAAUAUUUUGUUUUGAAUGUUCCAAAGGAUGUUCAUCUUCCGAAUCUAAAGAUUCUUCAUCUCCACUCAGUUGGGUUUUUGAAUGAUGAUUCAGUCAAAAGACUUCUCUCCGGCUGCCCCCAUCUUGAAGAUAUGGUCACAAGGAAAUGCGACCUGGGAAAUAUAAGGAACUUCCAUAUUUCACAUCAUUUGCUCAAGACAUUGACUAUACGUUACACGUAUAAUAGUUACCAGUGUUGGUUAUGGAUUAAUGCCCCAAAUCUAACCUCCUUGGAGUACUAUGACCGUCUAGUAGCAGGGUAUUCAAUGGAGAAUUUGCAAUCUCUUACCAAAGCUGUUAUCGAUAUAUCUGCAUGUAAAACUUUACGAGCUGACGCAACAAAAUUUUUUAAAGGGAUCUGUGAUGUUCCUUCACUUGUUCUGUCAGAUACUUCUCUCCAGCUUCUUUUAAGAUGUGAACCGCUUCCUGUUUUUGAAAACUUGAUCAAACUGGACUUACCUUGUCAUCUUCGAUUCCGAUGUUCUAAUGCAUUGCAAAAAGGACUUGAAACUUUACUCUCAAGUUUGCCUGCACUUGAAAAACUUGAGUUUUAUCAGGAAGUUCUCUGCUCUCUUCCAGAGAAAGUGCCUUCUUGUUUGUUGCAUAAACUCAAGACCAUCAAAAUUACAAACUUUACAGAUGAAAAAGAUUGUAUUGGAAAGGCCAAGUAUAUCCUAAAGAAUGGUGGAGUUCUAGAGAAGUUGAUAAUAGUUACAGCAUCACACAUUUCUAUAGGAAAGAAAUGGAUAUCCAAAACCUUGUGUGUUUCAUCAAGGGAAUCAAAGCCAUGCUUCAUUUUGAUUAUUUGA